AUGGAUGACGGCGAUACCAAAGCCGACUGGCCUGCAGCUGGCGAGACCUCACUCCAGCGGCUAUACUACUCCCUCGCCUCAAAGCGAGAGGCGGCCUCGACUGGGACGAUCGACACAACGACUGAGCUCGAGGCGAUGCCGCGAUCUGACGCAAGAUACACGCCGACCCAACGCCUCGUCAACGCCUACGACAAUUCACUCUUCCGCAACUCGCUCAACUUGCUUAUGUGGUCCAAACUUCGCAUGUACUGUCCUGGGCUCCUACCGUGGCGCAACCCCAACCUUCGUGGGGCUUAUCACAGAGACAGCGACGACCAUCGACAAUCCCGGGAGACCUCGCUGGCUCUCAUCCCGCAAUGCCUGAUCCUGCCGACCGCCUGCGACAAUAUUCCAAUCCGGCUCCCGUCACGUCGAGCGAAUCGUCGGAAAGUGGCCUAUGCUCCUUGCAUGUGGCAUCCUCAGCAAAGUCCAAUGGAAGCCCCUGGUGCUCUCGGGAUGCAAGACCGCAAGAUAGGACGCCGAGGCAAGCCACCUUUGCGGCCAGCACGCCUGCUCCAGCCCAUUCCAUGUCAUUCCCGAACCGCACGCGAACAACAUAGGUCGAAAGACCUGCCACAAGCGCGACCGCUGCAGCUGCAGUCAGGGGUUGCGCUGCAUUGUCUCGGUCAAGCUCGCACCGCCGACAUUGACGACCAGAAUCGGGCAUGGGAGAUGACGCUUCAUCAGUAUCGAGAGUGGCUCUACGGCUGCCCACACGAGCACUGCACCUUCAAAGUGGCCGGAAACACGUACGACAGCCUAGCAGAGCUGGCCAAGCAGUUACUCAUGCAUGGUGACUGUUCUCACCGGUCCACAUAUGGCCACGACGCUCCAAUCCUGCUCACGGCAGCCGACCAGAGCACGUCUCGCACCAAACAGGCCGUAAAGGCUCCAACACCGUACCAGAAGGCCCUGGACCUGUCCUCCGAAGACCCGCCCCGCAACAGCAGACGAACAGGUCUAUCCAGGCCACGCUACAGCUUGUCCGUCCAUGGGUAUUACGCCAAAAGGACGACCUGA